AUGGCUAACGUAGAAGAACAAUUACAAACUCUUCAACGCCAAUUAAAUGCUUUUCUUGAAAAAAGAAGAGAAAUAAUCAAUUUUCUCAAUCAUUGUGCCAAUAUACUAGAUGAACACACCAAGAAUGUUAAAAUUACCAAGGUUGUAACUGGUAGUAUCGGGAUAGGUGGCACACUCAUCAGUUUAGCAGGAAGCGCACUUGCUGGUCCACCUGGCGGCUUAUCACUUGUAUUCACCAUUGGUGGUGGCGUCUUGACAGCAACAAGUGGUCUAACUCAUUUGGGCUCUGAUCUUGCCGAACGUAUUUUAACGAAAUUGCAUUUGAACAAGUUGCAGAGGCUUUGUCAAACUGAUGAGAAAAACUUUAUUCAGUUAAAUAAUGAUUUAAGGCAAUUUAUGACAAAUUUACGCAACAACACAUUUCGUAAUCACAUCUCCUCCAGCAUGCAACGUAAUUUUUUCCAAGAAUCGGCGUGUUUAACUAAUUUAGCAUGUUCAGUCGUUCGUAUUACACGUGUAGCAUCAUCAACAGGUCGUUCAAUUCGUGUUUUUAGUGCUGCUUCAGCCGUUUUAGGUAUUGUCACUUUGCCACUUCAGAUAAUUGAUCUUGUAAUGGAUGGACAUGCAUCACAUCAAAAUCAACCAUCUAAUGUGUCUGGUCAACUUCAAAUAUUUGAUGUCAAAAUGCUGAAUGGUCAAUAUACUCUUGAUAAUAUUGCUUCUUGUCUAUUUGGUAUUGAAACCAAUUCGUUACAGAAUGAAAAUAUCACUAUUAUCAAUCAUUUAAAAACAUUUUUUACAUUAAGUGCGGCCAAUCUAUUUUUAUUAGUCUUUUUUCUUUCACCUCGAUUGGCUCGUCAUUUGAGUAAGAAAGGUUAUUCAAUGAUACCAAGAGAUACUACGAACUAUUUAACACAACUAGUUGAUCAAAUAUUAGCACGACGUCGACAACAUUCAGAAAGACGAAAUGAUUUCAUUCAAAUGAUGAUUGAUCAUGAAGAAGAAGUCAAACAUGAAGAGCAAACUGAUAAACCAGAACGACAAUCCGCAAUACUUAAAAAGACUUUGAAUGAUAAAGAAAUACUUGGUCAAGCUCUAGUUUUCUUGGUUGCUGGUUAUGAAACAACAAGUGUAUUACUGUCAUUCUUUUUCUAUGUCAUGGCAACAGAACCAGUAAUUCAAGAAAAAGUUUAUAAUGAAAUUCAUCAAGAACUUGGAGAUGAUGAAGUUACUUAUGAAAAACUUAAUCAACUUCAAUAUUUGGAUAUGGUUAUUAAUGAAACACUUCGAAUAUAUCCACCGUUUACUAGAUUUGAGCGAGUCGCCUCGAAAGAUUACCAAUUUGGUAAUUAUGACAUACCGAAAGGUUCUAUUAUAAGCGUGCCCGUUUAUCCCAUCCAUCAUGAUCCUAAUGUUUGGCCUGAACCGGAAAAAUUCAUACCUGAAAGGUUCUUAUCGACAGAAAAAGCUAAACGACAUCCAAUGACAUAUCUUCCGUUUGGUGAUGGACCACGAAAUUGUAUUGGCAUGCGAUUUGCACUGUUAGAAGCUAAACUUGCGAUAGUCAAAGCAUUGCGUCUAGUUGAAAUACAGAAAUGUGACAAGACUGAAGUUCCAGUUCAAUUGGGUCAAUUAACAGUUUUAUCUAGUAAAAAUCCUAUUUGGUUACGUGUCGAACGUCGAUCCCAGUGA